UUCAUUGAGCAUUUUUGCCGCCAUUAAACACGCUACUCGGUGUCUUUCAGCACGAUAACGUUGAGCGUUAGGACGUUUGUCUUAGGCUGAUUUUUCUCGAAUAUUCUUAAACUUAAACAAAAUAACAUGGCCGAAGAAACUGAAACCCACACUGCUGAUGAAGUUGAACAAGAAGAAGAUGAGGAAGUUGAUGAACUAGAAGAGAACGCUGAAGCUGCUGAAGAAGAAGAACCGGAAUCUACUGAUGAAACAGAAGAUAAUCCUGAAAACGACGAUGUUCAAGAAGCCGAAGACAUACCAGAAACAGAAGAUGUUGAUGAAAACCCAGAAAACGAUGAUUACCCUGAAAACGAUGAAACAGCUGAAACUAACGGCGAUGAUGGAUAUGCUGAUGAAAAGGUGACUUACAAACGCAAAGAGGUUUCUGAGCAUGAAGAUGAUACCAUAAAGAAGAAAAAACUUGACAACGGUGUAGAAUCAGACGAAGCUAAACAUGUUCAAGAAGCUGAAGCGUAACCAAAAUAUCGAUGCAAACCCUUAAAUUGCGAAUUCAUCUUUAACUACAAAGUAUAUGGUCUAAAUAAUGUUUUAUAUUGUAAAUAUUUUGUUAAGUAGAUAUUUAGUUUUAAGACCUUAUGCUAUCUCUGUUAGGCAGUAUACAUGUAAAACUUGAUGGAUGUUAAUUGGUUUUUAAUGCUUUUGUGACAGCAUUUGUUAAAGGAGUUAUUGUAUUUUAUUAACGCUUAAAUAAAUUAUUUAGGUUGUAAUAAAAUUUUAAGAUAUUAAA